CUUGCACGCUGCGGCAAGGAGCUUCCAAAGGAAAAGCAAUGGAUACAAGUUAAGGAAUGAGCGAGCUCAACAAUAACACUCAAUGGCUAGGCCUGCUUUAAAUUUAAUAAGUGAAGAUGAGAUCACAUUUUUGACUUCUGGUGGUGAUGAUCCUUAUGAUGAUAAUGUUGUAUUAAAGAAGCUUUUUCACCCUAACCUCAAGCUUUUAAUUGUUACCGAAGGGUCAGAGGGUUGUAGAUAUUACACCAAGGUUCAAUCGCUUCACAUGUUUUUCAUUUGUCUAGUGCGUGAUCAGUGUUCAGUUAUGUUCUCUUCUUAAUGUGAUGUGGUGUCCUCAACUCUUCAUCACUUUCCUGUGACACACUUUCAUGCCAUUUAUCCCGUUCAACUACAUCCACCUCCAACGGCCUCUACUUACAAUUACAACUACCUCUUAACUUCCUCCAUGAAUGCGGCCAUCAAUGACACACCAUCUGCCAUUUAUCUCGUUCAAGUGACUCCACUUACAAUUAUAACUGCCUCCU